AGAAGAACUACUAGCUUAAUUGGUUUGUACAACACAAAAGAUUCAUAGUAGCUAGAGAAAAGAAACGAAUACGAUUAGAUAUCGCGAAAAUGACUAGAGGGUAUGUGAUUCUCAUGUUCUUGAUGGCUGCAGUUGUCAUCUGCAGCCAUCAGCAAGCGGUGGCGAAAAAUAUCGUCACCUAUUCGCAGUCGCGCUUUAGCGCGACCACUAGUUGCAGCGAUAGUGAUAAGGGGAAAAUAAAAAAGUGCAUGACACAAACAGUCUCUAUAGAUAAAUGUUGCCCCUUAUUUAAGAGGACAAUUGGUGCUAAUUGUAAGUGUUACAAUUAUGCUGAGGAUUUGGAUAAUCAAGCUUUAAUUACUCUUCAGAGCUAUUGUGAUGUCAAUAAUCCAUGUAAAAGUGUUCAAAAAGUGGUAGCUGAUGGGAGUAGGACUGGCACAGUGGAAGCGGUGGCGACCAUUUCUGCCAGCCCAAGCCCCCGGGUGCACCCUCAGGCGCAGACGAAAUGCAGUGCCGCUGAUAAAGCAAAGGUUAAAACUUGCAUGACGAAAACAAGCUCCAUAGAUGCAUGCUGCCCAACAUUCAGAAGCAUACUAGGCAAGAGCUGCCCUUGCUAUAAUUAUGCCAUGAAAUUAGACAAUCAAGCUUUGAUUACUCUUGAAGCUUAUUGUGAUGUUAACAAUCCUUGUAACAAAGUGCAAGUGAUAUGAAUCGAGCUAGCCAGGAUGGAGAUGGAAGAAAAUAUUUAUUAUAAUGAAUGUUUAUUUCCUAGUUCUGUAUGAGUUGAACCACUCCUAUUUUUAUCUAAGACUUUGAGCAAUAACUUAGCUUCCUUUUGCAUUACAUAUAUUCUUGUAGCAAACUUUUGGACUAAAUAUGUAUGUCAUAUAUUCUCCACCACGGAGGCCACUCCCA